CUAUGACCUAGAUAAAUGUCAAAUUUGUCAAAAGUAAGCAAAGCACAUUGGGGUUAUUGUUCGUUUUUUACCCAAUUCUAACGUAUUACUUGUAUCUUUCCACGUAAUUAAGAUAAUUAGUUAAAGUGUUCAGUUACGCCGUACGCAUGAUGGAGGCUUUUAUUUGAGUUGGUGUCUAAAUUCUAUGGAAUACGUUUGCAUACCACAGAAGCCUAAUAACAGUGUCCACAGUUGAGAAGUAUGUGUAGUCAUGAAGAGAUGUGAUGCGUGCCGUGUCCGUUCAGAACGGAGAACGGAGGGGACGUCCGAGGAACCAGGAGACAGGGAACCGCUGAUAGACACGACAACUGUCUCUCAGGAGGACACUUACGAUAACCAAAAUUUAUCGUGCGGCAUCUGCGCGAUGUUCCCGUCGUGCAUGUCGCUGCUGUCGCGGCGCGGCGAGCAGCGGGCGCCGCGCCCCGGCCAGGCCGCCGUCGUGCUCAACGUAUACGACAUGUACUGGACCAACUGGUACACGGCGGGCGCGGGGGGCGUGUUCCACAGCGGCGUGCAGGUGCACGGCUCGGAGUGGGCGUACGGCGGGCACCCGUACGCCUUCACCGGCGUCUUCGAGAUCACGCCGCGCGACGAGCGGGAACUUGGCGAGCAGUUCCGCUUCAGACAGAGCGUGCACAUAGGGUACACAGACUUCAGCGAAGAGGAGGUGCGGAGGUUAGUCACAGAACUAGGCAAGCAGUUCCGAGGUGACAGAUAUCACCUUAUGAACAAUAAUUGUAAUCACUUCACAUCAGCAUUCUGUUUGGCGCUAUGCGACCGCGACAUCCCGGCGUGGGUGAACCGCCUCGCCUACGUCAGCUCGUGCGUCCCCUUCCUGCAACGGUGCCUGCCCAAGGAGUGGCUGACGCCGGCCGCGCUGCAGCAGUCGCUGGCCGCGCACUCGCGCUCCUCCUCGCCGCAGACGCCGCAAUAGCAGCAAGACGUACUGCACGUUUGCAGUUAAGCAGUCAGAAGUGUUGUGCGAACUAAUACAUACUAGAGUUAACGUUAGCUAAUAAUUUGUUUGGCGCAUUGUCGAUCGUUACUAAAGAGGCGAAGCCGCGUAGUGCCGUACCCAACAUUUAGUCGAUAUUUCUGUUAUGUUAAGAAAUCGACUAAACCAAUCACGAACAAUUCCAAGAGUAAUGGACUCGACGCGACUUCGGCCUUUAUAUUAAUCUAAUCAUAGUUCUACUUUAAAGAUAGUAAAAAUUGAGCUUUGUCUCUCUCAUAAGUGUUAGUAUGAGGGAGACAGGACUAUUGCCCUCAGUUUUUAUUAUAGAGUGUUAUAAGUAUUUACUAAAGCGUUGUCCCCAUGUUACGGGGUUCCUAUUUGAAUACGAAAAUAACGUUUACCUAAUAUUUAACUUACCUACCGAAGGAAUUGAUCGAAACAAGCGUUUUUUUUUUCAUUAAAUUAUAUUAUUAACUAUUAUUUAACAAAAAAACGAAACUAAUGAGAUAAUAUUCUGAAAUUUAAAUUUUAUGUGACGUGACAGAUGUUCUUUGUAUAUUUAGAUAGCAUAGUACAAUGUCUUGUAAACUCGUUUUAAGUUAAAACUUAAUUUAAUAUUAUUGUGUUCUGGCAACUUUCACGUUGGAUUUUAAAAUGUAACAAUUUUGUCGUUGAGUUGUGUGACUUGGCGUGUUGUGUGUGUGUUUACAUAAAUACGUAGUUGAUAGUAGUCCGUCCGUCGAAAGUUUAUAUACAAAAGCUUCUUAUACUAAGUGUGUAUACCAAAUAUAUACGAAUAGUAAACAAGGGCGGGGCGCCACAACACAAGUUUUCAAACGGUGGAUUAUACCCAGCCUAAUCGAAUGCCUUAUUAUAACUAAUAUAAAAUAAUUCAUGCUAGCACUGCGAAAUACAUUUUUGUAUACCCUCAAAACGCAAACUUAUAAAUUGAGCUAUAUUAUAAGCUAUCGAUUGAAACGGAGAUAUUUAUCAUAAGGUAUCUGCGAACACAUACUUUAAUGAUUAUAUUUUAUUCAAUCUUUAGCUAGAAUAUUUUAGCUAAUCAUGUACAAAAGUGAAAGAUUACAAUAUACUAAAUAAAAUUAGUGUACAUUAUUUAAAAGCAAUAAAAUAAUUCUAAAGUAUCUCGCUCCGCCUUGUCCCAACUUACUCAAAUUUUAGGUUACAUAAUAAAAUUAUGAAAUUGAAAAACCGAAAUAGGUUAUCAGUAUGGUCCUAAAAGUUAAAUGGACUGAUAUAUAACAAAAAUAAUUCUUUGUAAUGUAUUUAAAAUAGAUUGUUUCAAUAAGUUUUAAUUAAAAAUAUCGGGUUCUUGCUACUGUUAUACGGUCAAUAUAAAAAAAAUAAGAGAAAGGACGGCCAUACAUGUAACAUUGUUAUUUUAAGUCUUAUUUCAUAAUGAAUCACAGAUUGCUGAAUUGACUGACUUCAAACACAACUUUGAUAAAUGUCUGGUUUAGUGUAUGGCCGUAAGUAAAAAGGUUUUUAUUGUAUCGACUAUCGGGAUAUUAUGAAGUGCCCUUAGAUAUGCAUAAACUGGUUUAUUUAGAAAUAGUAGUAGUUAUUUAUAAGAUUCCGUGUUACUCAGGAUCGCAGCUCAACGUGAUAUUUUCCAGCCUUUUGACGUGCUUAUUGUAGAGAAUAAUCGAUAAAUCUUUUUAUAUGAGGCAAAGUGGUUUGGGUUUAGUAGUCGGAGGUGGGUUCACAACAAUUUCAAUCCCAGGAUAGUUGUGUAUGGUGUUUUAUUGAUUUUAUUCGCGGAUCUAACUUAAUAUAAUUGUUUCCUCUAUGUAAUCAACAUUUUAAUAUAUUUCUUUCAGCUCUAUUAUAUAGCUUUUGUUUCCAUAUAUCUGAAAACAAUACCGUUAAUUGACAUUGCGAAUUUAAGCCAGCGUUUCAUAAAUAGAUACAUAUUAGAUUCCCAUGAUUUGGUCUUUCUUGAGAUUAAGCUGACUAAGAUAAGUAAAUUUCCUAAAAUGUGAGUCCAAAAGAAAGGCCAGGUUUAGUAUGAUGUAUGUUUACUACCAUACUUACUGAUUCGGCGAAAGAUUAGGAGUAUCAACUAUUCAUAAUUAUAUUUAAGCAUAGCUCGAUCCUGAUUCACAAAAGUGCCAUUGAUACAGUAAUGGGAGUUAAGUAAAAUUAAUUUAUUCUAUAAAAUUACUUUUACUUUGCAACCAUUAAUUUCUGUGAGAAACUCUAAUAAAUUGCGGUUUAAAAACGUUUAGACUAACUGGCUUCAAAUGAUAUGAGCAUAACAUGAUUAUUGUAAUAACCAUAUAUUUCUAUUUACUUGACAAUGCGCCAACGUGUUGCGUACUCUAAUAGAACCACGAGACCACGGCACCAAACAAAUCCCUAUUAUAAUUCGACUAAAACGGAAUUUUAUAUAAAAAUGUAAUUAAAUGUACAUACUGUAAAAAUGUGAGAUUGUAAAUCUAAGUUUUCAUUCAAAUUUACCAUUUCAAUGCUGGAAGUAUAACCUAAAUUGUUCACAUGGAUUAUUAUUAUUUCAAUUAUUUGUUCGAUCGUGUAUCGUGUGGUCUGAUUGGAGUGCGCAGAUAGCGUGUGUAAGUAUCGUACUACACGAUAAUGUGCCACUCUACACCUCAGUGUUUCAAGUUAUGACAUUUUUACAAGUUAUAAAUAGUUAGGCUAUAUUGUGAGGCCGCCGUAACGCGCCGGUGAUGCAUGGAACAUUUCGUAUACCUAUGCCUAUUUUAUUUCAUACUUGUUUCACACAUCUGUAUUACUUUUCUCCGUCGCAAACUCUAGCCUUAAUCUAUUGCAGACUAUUGCGGUCGAUUUUCUAUAGUCCUGUUUUUUAGCUUAAAAAUUAAUGAAUUUUCAUACUCGUCUUGUUAAGUUCAUAAAGAGUUCCUAUUGCUCAUGACAAUGUUUGUAAUAUUGAAGUGCGUCCGUGCGUCAAUCGGUUAGUUACUGUGGCACAUACUGUAGAUUUUGGAACUAUAAUAAUUAUUAUAAUAUGCAAAGAGUUAAAUUGUUGAAUAACAUUAUAAAUAUUACUUAAUAAGGUAGAUAUGUAUUGUAAACAAGAUUAUUUUAUUGUUUUAAUUUUUUCGAAAUGUAAGGGCAACUUACGAAUGUAAUAGAAAAUUUUUGUUUCUCAACCAUUUUCUAUGUUUUUCUGUGUAUUUAUUUUAUCUAUUGCUAUUUAAACCUAAUUUGAAUGCAUUUUUCUACAAGAUCGAAUUUAAACCAAAGAAUCUUUUUGCGCAUUUUAUCUGUAAAUUAAUGACGAUUUUACACUUGUAAUAUUUUACGAGACUAUUUUUUGCCAUCAAACGUAUAAUUGUCACAAUGAAUAAAUUUGCCCUACAUAUAGUUUGGUUUUUCUAGAUCUAUUAUUGCAAAAACUGUAUAACAUUCCCUCUCUGAUUUAAACGUUCCUUUGCACCUAAAAAGUUAUGAGCGAUGUAAACUUGGUAAAUAAAAUGGUUUUCUCUUAUCGUAAUUGGUAAUGUCGGUCACAGAUGUAACUUAAUUUAUUAUUCACGCGGGCUCGUUAUUUACCAAAGUUUAUUCUAGUUUUAUAAUUAGUGUUCGCAUUUAUUUUAAUUAGUUUUCGUGUGCAUGUGCGUUUCUUUUGUAUAAGGCCAUAUUUUACAAGCUUUUUAUCUCAUUUUAUGUAAUACAUUUCUCUUUGAACCUGGAUAAGGUGUUCUUUGAAAUGUUUGUACAAUUUAUUUGUAGUUAUCUAGUUGCGAGUUGAAUUUCAAUUUGAUGUUUGUGUGUGGGAUAAAGUCUCUAUUUUUAUUAUGAUGCGGUAAUUAGAUGAGAAUGUAACGAACUAAUAUCUAGUAAAUAAAUAAUAUAACACUGUUACAUAUUUAACUACUAAAUCAAUGUAUAUUCUAUUCGGUGAGCCGGAAACGUGUUAACAAUAGAUUCCGCUCAUUGAAUGGCGAUAUCUAAUGGUUUUUCACAUUAUUGUCAAAUUAAACCUUGGCAAUAGUAUAAUUUUUGAACGAAUAAACUGUGUAAAAAGUUUGCAA